AUGGAGGAAUUAGGCAUAGAACAACCCGUUGUUCCCACAACCAGUCUUCCCAAAUCAAAGCUUGACUGGUCUCAUUUCACAGAUGAUAACCUGGACGUGUACUUGAAACUAAAGAAGUUGGAGAAAGAGUUGGACUUAUUGUUGUUACAGGAGGACUACAUCAAAGACGAGCAGCGCCACUUGAAGAGAGAACUAGUACGUGCUCAAGAAGAAGUGAAGAGAAUCAGAUCGGUUCCUUUGGUCAUUGGCCAGUUUUUGGAACCUAUUGACGAGAACACCGGUAUAGUUUCUAGUACCACCGGAUCAAAUUACGUGGUAAGGAUUCUUUCCACUUUGGACAGGGAACUAUUAAAGCCCUCUUCUUCUGUUGCAUUACACCGUCACUCCAAUGCUCUUGUGGACAUUUUGCCUCCUGAAGCCGACUCCUCUAUUGCGAUUGUCGGUGACAACCAGAAACCAGACGUGACGUAUGCUGAUGUUGGUGGUUUGGACAUGCAGAAGCAGGAAAUUAGGGAAGCUGUUGAGUUGCCAUUGACGCAAGGUGACUUGUACUCGCAGAUUGGUAUCGAUCCGCCCAGAGGUGUGUUGCUUUACGGCCCUCCAGGUACAGGUAAGACCAUGUUGGUCAAAGCCGUUGCCAACUCCACUACUGCAUCAUUCAUCCGUAUCAACGGUUCAGAGUUUGUUCAAAAGUACUUAGGUGAAGGUCCAAGAAUGGUGAGAGACGUUUUUCGUCUAGCUAGGGAAAACUCACCUGCAAUCAUUUUCAUUGAUGAAAUUGACGCCAUUGCCACAAAAAGAUUCGACGCCCAAACUGGUGCUGAUCGUGAGGUGCAAAGAAUUUUGUUGGAAUUGUUAAAUCAGAUGGAUGGGUUCGAUCAAACUUCCAACGUCAAAGUCAUCAUGGCAACCAAUAGAGCAGACACCUUAGAUCCUGCAUUGUUGAGACCGGGAAGAUUGGACAGAAAAAUUGAAUUCCCUUCAUUGAAAGAUAGAAGAGAGAGGCGUUUGAUUUUCUCCACUAUUGCAUCAAAGAUGGCCUUGGCUCCAGAAGUUGAUUUGGACUCUUUGAUUGUACGGAAUGAUCCAUUAUCUGGUGCCGUGAUUGCCGCUAUCAUGCAAGAAGCUGGUUUACGUGCGGUAAGAAAGAACAGAUACAUGAUUUUGCAAAAUGACUUGGAGGAGGCCUACACUGCUCAGGUGAAGAGCGGAACUGAGCAUGACAAGUUUGACUUCUACAAGUGA